AUUCUAGGUCUCAUAUGGGAACAGAUUGCGAUUCUCUCCACAGGCUCGCCGGAGGAUCGAUCCGACGCAGCGGCGUCGCUGGUUUCGCUAGCGAAAGACAGCGAGAGAUACGGGAAACGGAUAAUCGAAGAAGGCGGCGUUGGGGCGCUGCUGAAAUUGCUCAAAGAUGGUAGAGUAGAUGGUCAAGAAAACGCCGCGAACGCUAUCGGGCUUCUGGGUCGUGAUCCUGAGAAUGUUGAAGCCAUGAUUCAGGCUGGUGUCUGCCAGGUGUUUGCGAAAAUUCUCAAAGAAGGUCCGAUGAAAGUUCAGGCCGUAGUCGCUUGGGCUGUUUCGGAACUCGUCUCUAGUUACCCAAAAUGCCAAGAUCUUUUCGAACAGCACUACAUAAUCCGCUCCCUUGUUAGCCAUCUUGCUUUUGAAACUGUUCAAGAACAUAGUAAGUAUAAUAUCACUGCCAAUAAAGCCACCUCGAUUCAUGCUUUGGUAAUGGCGAGUAACCCCAAAACGAACGAUGUGUACAAAGCUGUUGAUGAGGAUGACCGACAGCUCCAUAGUCGCAUUCUUCAUCCCAUGGGAAAUCGAACUCCAAAUCAGAUGCACGCUGUGGUUACCAACACUAUGAACAUGCUUUCUGGUGGGUCGGUGGCGGCUGCAACUUCAACUCCACAGGCUACUCAUGGAGAAAGCCACAACGUUAGCAGCAAUGGGAAGCAUAUCCUUCCUCAUCAUUCCCCUUACCUUCAUCAUGCUCAUUCCGGGCCUAGCACGAAGGGGAGGGAACUCGAGGACCCGGCGACGAAAACCAAGAUGAAAGCCAUGGCGGCAAGAGCCCUGUGGCAGCUUGCUAGAGGGAACCUGACAAUCUGCCGUAGCAUUACAGAAUCAAGAGCUUUGUUGUGUUUUGCUGUUCUUUUGGAGAAGGGGGAGCAAAAUGUGCGGCAUAACUCUGCAAUGGCACUGAUGGAGAUCACUGCCAUGGCGGAGCACGAUCCUGAAUUGAGAAGGUCCGCCUUCAAGCCGACAUCUCCCGCCUGCAGGGCGGUUGUGGAUCAGUUGGUGAAGAUCAUUGAAAAAGAAGAUGCAGACCUUCUCAUCCCGUGUAUCAAAUCCAUCGGACAUUUGGCAAGGACAUUCCGAGCUACUGAGAAAAGAAUGAUCAGCCCAUUGGUGCAGCUUCUCGAUGAAAGAGAGGCCGAGGUCUCGAAGGAGGCUUGCGUUGCUCUCACCAAAUUUGCCUGCACAAAAAACUUCCUCCACAACAACCACUGCGAGGAAAUUAUAGCGGUAGGAGGGGCAAAACACUUAGUCCAGCUAGUGUACUUCGGGGAACAUAGUGUUCAAAUUGCAGCUGUAACUCUGUUGUGCUACAUUGCCCUGCAUUUGCCAGAUAGAGAGGAGCUUGCACGGGCCGAGGCGCUUCCCGUGAUCGAAUGGGCGUCAAAACAAUCUCAUUUGACGCAGCACGAAUCACUCGAACCACUCUUACACGAAGCCGGAGGAAAGCUAGAGCUGUUUCAAUCCAGAGGGCCAAGAGGAUACCACUGAUUCCAAUCAAAAUACAGGCACGAUUCUGAUCUCUUUGACAAAGUUGAAAAUUUUCCAUUUCUAUCUUCAUUUCUUCUUUUUUACCCAUCAUUUUCGUUCGAGUGUACGUAUAAAUUCAUUUUUCUUCCACAAUUGUUCAAAAUGUAAUGUAAUAAUUUAGUGAAAGUUGGCAUGCUUGCUUCUGUGUAUCCUUCAUUUGCCCUGUCAUGGAGGCAAAGUUUACAGGUUCCUCCAUGGUUGAUUUCAAAUGAUCAUACCUUUUUUUUUGGGUCGUC